AGCAGCCCAUGAGUCCGUCUGUAGACAGGGUAUGGAGUACCAACAGUCGACCCCCUCAGCAGGGGUGGAUGCUGGGACCUUCAACAACGUGGGUGCCGUGGCCGACAUGGACGAGUGUGCACAGAUGUGCUGUGAUGACGAGAACUGUGACGUCGCGUGGAUGUACCAGGUGACAUGCUUCACCAUUGACUGUGUGAGUGAGGAGGCGUGUAAAGCUGUGUAUCGAGACUCUGACAAGUUUGAGCACUCAUACAUGGUGGUGGUGGAGAGGAGCCGGGACUCAGAAUCUGAAGAUGAUGAAACAGAAUGUACGCUAUACCCUCGCGACACGUGUCCCUGGGACCAGGAGUGUAAACUCCAGCUGAACGGCCCAAAAGUGUCGUUUAAGUGCGAGUGUAAGGAGGGGUUACUUCGGGACGCGUUACGUGGUAACAUCUGUGUAGAUCCAGCAACACUAGAAACAGACAUGGAAGAGAACAUAGGGCAAACCCUGACCACCAACUCUCACCAAGAAGAAGAAGACCACCAAGUCACCCCAUCAAACCACCACUACCCUGAACUCACCUGGGCUAGAAGGCACCACAGUGGGGAGGGAAGGAGAAGAAGAAGAAACUACGCCAUACUUAUCUGA